UUUGAUUGCACCAUUGCUGAGAACAUUCAGUAUGGAGACAACAGCCGCGACGUCAGCCAGGAGGAGAUCGAGGAAGCUGCGAAGAAGGCCAACAUUCAUCAAUUUAUCCUUGGCCUUCCAGAGAAAUACAACACUCGAGUUGGAGAUAAAGGCGCUCAGCUGUCUGGAGGACAGAAGCAAAGGAUAGCCAUCGCUCGAGCUCUGGUCCGCAAUCCCAAACUUCUGCUGCUGGACGAGGCCACGUCUGCACUCGACACAGAGAGCGAGAAGAUAGUGCAGAAGGCCCUUGAUGACGCUCGGCAUGGCCGCACAUGUAUCGUCAUUGCCCAUCGCCUGUCCACUAUUUAUAAUGCUGACAUCAUCGUGGUUGUUCAGAACGGCAAGGUGACCGAGCAGGGAACGCAUGCUCAACUCAUAGCCAAACAAGGGGCCUACUAUGCUCUAGUGAAUGCACAAGUGUCUGCUCACUAACUUAAUCUCCCUUUGAUUUAUUCCAGUGGUUGUAUAUCUAAAAUGAAGGGCAAAGUUAAAUGAUUAAAUGGUGCCGUUAAUCUUAAAUUCAAUUGAAAUCUCCUCUGUCACUAAAUAUUCAGUUUGUUUUAGGACUAAAUGACUUUGAAUGUAAAAGCUUACAGUUGAUAAGCUAAGAAGCGUUUAAAUAUCCGGACUCUAGAAACAAACAAGCAAAAAAGUGGGAUAAUUGUUAUUUAGUCAUUUUGUUACAAUAAA